ACACCAAUCUUAGUCUCUUAUCCGAGAAAGUGACAGGUACAUUGCCACUUGUCAUUCGGUAUCCGCUCUUAACAUCGAAUAUCAUUGUUCGUUGCAAUCUUUCGACAUUGUGGUUUAAGUCUAGUUUUCCACAUACUAGUGGGCUUUGGUAUCUUGUCCGUAAUAUUGCUAAAUCAAAGUUCCAAACACUGCAAUUGGAAACAGUCCAAUUUAGUUUUAUAUAUAAUGAGAAUAAUGGCAAACAACAAAUAAAAAAUGAAUUUCAGUUCAACAAAAUGAUAUCAAAAAUUAAGCCAAACUGUGAGGAUGAACGUGAAGUUAGUAUUUCAAUCCAAGUAACAGGAAGGAAGGUAUAUGGCGAUUGGGAAAUUAGUGAAGUUCUAAAUGAGUUCUUGUAUCAAAAGG